UGGUUUCGCUGAAAUUCCUCUUGAGAUAGUAAGAGUAGUAUUCCCACUUGCAUGGUUUGCACCUUCAUUCUCUGCCGUCUCGGUCUGAGCUGUAGUCUUUUCUACCUGAGGAUGUCUGGACUGAAAUUAUAGACAGUAUUCAGAAUUAUCAUUUUAUUGAAUUACUUUUUGGCUGCGCGAUUGAGUGACAAUCAGGCACGCGUAACGGAAGGUUGGCUGUAGUUUUGCCCAGUUCUUGGUCAAAGGGAGUAUUCAGUCAGAGAGUUGCUCUUGUACCACAGUAGAUGGGCUAGACGUGUCAAAAGGCAAGAGAGAGGAAGAGGGUGUCGGCUACAGAGAGAGUGCGCUCCGUUGAGAUUUCUAACUUCAUGCUUUCUGAAAUCGUGGCGACGCAGAAUGGAUAGCAUCAAUUCCCCAGUUAUAGAUUCAUGUAACGCGACCAAAAGGGAGACCAACUUUAUAGAAAAGUACCCUGGUGUGGCAGGUGACAGUGCAGCUGUUUGCAAGGAUUCGGAGACGACCGUUUGCAUCUCGACUGGUUUGAGUAGUUUUGGAAGUGUCACCAGCCUAGGCGUCGAGGCAGAGGCAGUCAGUGACAGCGCCAUCCUGAAAGACUUUUCAGCAGCUGACAAAAUGUUUAGCAGUAAAAGUUACAGCGAGCGUGCAGACGAUUUCGCUAAAUCUUCGCCGUGGAUUCCCAGCAAAGUAUUUCCAACGAAACUCUCCGCAUCUCCGGAAAGUUCGCAAAGCUCAUUGGCCUCCACUCCAUCACAAGGGGAGAUGUGCAAGUUUAUAAAAGAUGAGCAGGAACCCUCGCUCAUCAUGGACCCCCGCGCCUCUGAUUUCGACGUGACCUCGAAUGUGCCUGCCGUCAACAGUUGUUACAACAAUAGCAAAAAGGGACAGUUCGACUUCAUGGUGGACGUGCCAUCAUUCCCCAGCUACAGCGCAGGACAACAGGUGGUUCUCAGCAGCUCGCCGACCAUAUUCGUCGAUUUGAACCAGAGCACCGCGCGUCAGCCAUACUCAGAAAUUAGAGGCGAACCCGGUAGAGGUAUGGCGAGCUACGAUAUGAUCAACACGCCGUCAUCUCAGCAACAUCUGUUCGUCUGCAAGAGCGAAGUGCCCAGAUGGCCCCUCCAGCAGUCCUCUGCGGACGGCCAGGUCUGGUGCCAAUCCGUGGAAGUAUCUGAAGACCAGCACCAUCAAGUGACCUAUUCUUCACCUGAUGGGUUCAACGCAGGUUACCUACAGCGGUCCCCGCACACCUACAGCACAUAUUCUGGCGUUGCCCCCCAAAGGGCGUGCGUCAUCUGUGGAGACGAGGCGUCUGGAUGCCACUAUGGCGUCGUCACGUGUGGGAGUUGCAAAGUGUUCUUCAAGAGGGCCGUUGAGGGUCAUCACAACUACCUGUGUGCGGGGAGAAAUGACUGCAUCGUGGACAAGAUACGCAGGAAAAACUGCCCAGCGUGUCGUCUCAGGAAGUGUUACCAGGCUGGCAUGAUGCUGGGAGGUCGUAAGCUGAAGCGCUUCAGCGGCAUGAAGGGCAUGGGGCUGAACCCGUCUCUGAUGUUCCAGUCGCCCCUGAACCUGUCCGGAGAGGUCCAGACCCUCAGCAGCCUGCCCUGCAUGCCCGGCCUGAGGGAGCUGCAGCUCUCCCCCCAGAUCAUCAGCAUCCUGGACAGCAUCGAACCCGAGACCGUCUACUCGGGCUAUGACAACAGCCAGCCCGACAUCCCCAACCAGCUGCUCAACAGCCUCAACAGGCUGUGCGAGAGGCAGCUCCUGUGGAUCGUCAAGUGGUCCAAGUCCCUCCCAGGUUUUCGCAGCCUGCAUAUCAGUGACCAGAUGACGCUGAUCCAGUACUCCUGGAUGAACCUCAUGGUCUUCUCCCUGGGCUGGAGGAGCUUUCAAAACGUCACCAGUGAAUACCUGUACUUCGCCCCCGAUCUCAUCCUCAACCAAGACAGGAUGAGGAAGUCUCCCAUCUCGGAGCUGUGCGCUGCCAUGCAGGUGAUCCCGCAGGAGUUCGCCAGUCUGCAGGUGACCCGCGAGGAGUUCCUCUGCAUGAAGGCCCUCAUGCUCCUCAACACUGUGCCACUGGAGGGUCUGAAGAGCCAGCAGCAGUUUGACGAGAUGCGCCAGAGCUACAUCCGCGAGCUGACCAAGGCCAUCCACCUGAAGGAGAAGGGGCUGGUGGCCAGCUCCCAGCGCUUCUACCACCUCACCAAGCUCAUGGACGCCAUGCACGAGAUCGUGAAGAAGGUGAACCUGUACUGCCUGAGCACGUACAUCCAGGCGGACGCCAUGAAGGUGGAGUUUCCUGAGAUGAUGUCGGAGGUGAUUAGCUCGCAGCUCCCCAAGGUGUUGGCAGGUAUGGUGAAGCCCCUUAUGUUCCACAACAACAAGUGAUGCCUCCUGACGUGACGCCGAGACCACACCAGACCAGGCCUUGUGAGGAGCGAGGAUCCCCCAUCCCACAUCCUGACAAGAUCUUUAACCUCCACGAGACACACUAGGACUAUGUUCUUUUUUUCGUUGUUGUUUGUGCUUUUUUUUUCAACCUGGUGGCGACAACCUUGUAUGGCAGUAGUUACCUACUCUGCGAUGCGAUGCGCCCUCUGCGUGUGUUCUCCCAGGUCUAUGUUUUUUUUUUUUUAACCCACCUUCGCUUUGGAAGCCUUGUGUUAGCAGUAAAUUCCAUGGCGGAACUUCGCUCUUUCAUGUUGGGUGGUCUGUGUGACCGAGGUCAUAUUCCCUAUACCCAAUCUGCACUAUGUCAAAUUGAUUUGUGUUACUUUAAAGAUAGAUGAAGUUAGAUAGAGAUGAAUCGUGAAAAGUGACAGGCGGCACUUUAAUCAGAGCAUGGACACUUUGUCUUUGUAUGAAUUUGCGUUAUAAGGACAUUACGCGUCCUUGCGGUUGGAGAGUUCAAAGAUUAUCAAACUCCUAGGCCUUGAUAAAUAGUGUGAUAUGUGCAUUUCUGUAUGCAGUGUUAGGGUAGUAAUUAACAAUGGGCAUGUAAUAUGAAGUGUUAUUAAAGUAUUACACCUCCAGAACUGUGUAGCUUAUCUGACCAGAAAUUUUAAAGGUGUUUGUAUGUGGACAAUAACCCUUACCUUAAAGUGUUUAUUAAAACCAAAAGUGAAAUAUAUUUUCUGCCAAUGAGGGCAAACCGUCAUUAGUUUCAAAAAGAAAAGAAAAAGGAAAUGGUUAGCCAGACAGAAAGAAGUUUGUUAUACCAAACAAAAGACUGAUAUCUGUUUCCUUAUUUAAUUAAAAGUGUAAAUAUAAGCUUACAGAUGUGACUAAAUUCUAUUGAUAGCGUUGGUAGUGUGUGUAUCUAUUUAAUGGUUAUUUUCUUAUCUGUUGCAAUACUUUCAGCUUUGGAGUGCCAAUCCAUUCAGGUAGAGACAAACACAUGAGUGAACAUCAUGUCACCAUGAAGCUUUGUAGAUAUUGUAGAGUAGACUACGACUUGUUAGCAUGUUGGAGCACACACAUACACAGCACAGCACAAGAGUAGGAUGGUAGUUGUUACAUUUUUGCGGCACGAUAUCAUUUCCUUUAAAAUGCCCCUCCACAUCCAAAAUGCACGGGAGUAUCAGGUCCGGCCUCUCCACUCAAGGUCAUGUUACAUUCUGUUGUAUUUAAAUGGGUAAAAGAACACCCUGAUCUUGGCAAACAUUUUGCUAUCGAAUAGUUAGGAGGGUUUUUUCCCCUCUCUCUCUCUCUCUCUCUCUCUCUCCCUCUCUCUCUCUCUCUCUCUCUCCCUCUCUCUCCCUGUCUCUCUCUCUCUCUCUUUCUUUCUCUCGCACCAGUGCUUUCCGGGCUUUUUAUUAACCUUGAAAAAAAAAUUAAAUGUUUAUUUGUAAAUCAAGUCUCUUAAUUUUUUGUUGCACUUUCCUGUAUGUGCAUGUAUGUAUUGCUACAAGGCCCUUUGGUACAAACGCAACACAGGACAUUUAUAGAUAUUGAUUCAUUAUUGCCGUUUGUCUGUUGUUUACAUUGAGACAAAGAGUCAAUACACCAGCAUAGGUGGUGUGUUUUGUAUGUAAAGAUUUAUGUCAAGAUAAAGAAGUACAAAAUGACUUAUUCUUAUAGGUAACAGCAUCAGUUCAACAAGUUGCAUGGGAUGGUUCUUACACUGUGGUUUUAAAAUCAUGUGACUUCAGGUGGCACUGCUUGGUAAGUGGCAUAUAAACAAGUAAAUGAUGUUCACUUUUUAUCGCUAUUGUUGUUUUUUUUAUUUAGUUGUCAAUCAUUUCCAAGUAUUUUGAUAUCAGUGUUCACAGCUUGGGAAGAUAAGAGGUUGAGAUUAUGACAGACUGAAAGACUCUGCGCCGAGCAAUGACCUGAAGCAGGCUGGAAGCCCAGACAGUGAAGCAAUCCAAGUCCUACUGAGCAUGUAGCAAUCGGUAUGCACAUUGAUAUAUACAAGGUGUGCAGAAUUAUUUGCCAAACAAG